AUGGCCAUCCCUAAUCUUAACGACCUUUGGAUUGCUCUGAAAUAUGAAAAAAUUGCAGAUGUUUGCUAUAGAUGUGGUCUCAUUGGACACGAGAACACAAGCUGCCUUGAGCAAGUCUUCUCCCUGAAGAAUCCAACAGGAGCCACCUUCAAUGCAGCCGGCCCAUGGUUAAGAGCAAACAACCAUGAAUCCCCCACAGGUUUGUAUGAUGCCACCCAACCUCCAGCGACUCCAGUCUCCCAAUCUUCGUACACUGCCAGCCCAUCCCCGGUACACGACACAGCUGUCCUGCCUCACACUGUUGCUGUCCAGCCCACGUCCUCAGAUAAGAACAAACUGGUAGCAGCGUCAGAAAAUGUAAGCGUGACUCCACUACCCCAUGUACCAACCGUUGUACCAUCCCAUGGUAUCGAGCCUUACACUGAGGACGUGGCCCAAUCUACCUCUCAACCCGCUUCUUCUAUGGAGCCCACCCAAAGCUGCAACCCACCACAUAUUUGGAGCCCAAAACCAAACCUGGAAAAUUUCAAUGCUCCCAAUCGCCUAGGCCCAUCACCCAAGUCUGGUAGUGCCAAUGAAAUUUUACCUGACCCUCUCCCUAAGGCUCACGUUAACCCCAUCUCCUCCCAAGACUCACAUCCAAACUCCACCUUCAACCAACCCCAACCCAACCACUCUCUUAAAAGAAAAAUCACCCAAGAGGAGCUUGCUGUGUUCUCCAAAAGAUUGAAAAAAACCAUCAAUGGCCCUGAUCCUGUGUUUUUUGAUCCGGUAACGGCAACCCUUAUUCCACAAUCGAGGGUUGAGUUCUCCGAAAGAGACAAACCCAGUGAGACCCCAUCCAAAAUCCAUGGAGAAUCACUCAAAACUAAGGCACGCAAAGUUCACACUCAACCAAUCCAAGAAUCAACUGCACCAAACAAUCAUAUUUGUUCUGUUCUUUCGGCCGAGGAGGCGGGCCUUAUCAUGCCCCCAAAUUUUGAUUUUAUGAUUAUCAGUGUACCUUGUCAAUUUUAA